AUGUAUCCGGGGCCGUCGCAUCCGAAAAAAACUCGCGCGGUCGUCCCGCACCAUCCCUACCAAGUGCCCAACAAGUAUGGGGUGGCCAACAACGAUCCGCAGCUGCCCAACGAGCCGAAAAAUGCCAAGAUUUACAUUGGCGGGUUGCCGCCGUGCGUUACUUACGAGGAUCUCUUCUCCGAAUUCUGCGAGUACGGCCAUAUAACCAAGAUUUGGAUUGCCAGAAAACCGCCCGGUUUUGCCUAUCUUUAUUACCCAUCGAUGAAAGAGGCGAAAAGGGCCGUAAUGGCGCGGAAUAACACCGUAAUUUGCCGGAAUCUAUGCAAAGUCGAACUCUCCUACGACGAGUUCGCGAUGGGCAAUUUUACGGGUGAUAUUACUGACAUGACGCCCGCGCUGCAUGCCAUGAUCAAGAAGCAGAACAAGGCGUUGAAAUGGGGACAACCAGCGCCCGUCGGCUACCAACAACUCCAGCAACCCGUCGGCUACUUCCCCGCCUAUCCACAACUCACUGCACCGCCCGCCUCAGCGCCUCCGGUCGAAACACCAUAUUCGCAUCCGCCAGGCCCGAGCAGUCUCGUGCCAUUCCAGGCGGCGAUGGGCGGCACCGUCCCCGGGAUGCCAAACAACAUGGCGUUGGUGCAGGCGAUGAUGCAGAUGAAUGAGAUGUAUCAAAAAGCUCAAGCUCACGCCCAACCGCCUCCCCCGCAAGCAGCAGCUACCCCUGCUCCGAACAACAACCCUGUGCCGCAGCAGCAGCAGCAGUCGUUAUAUGAAUUGCUCGAAGCCAACAACCCGGCGCACCACUACCCCUCCAGCCAGAGACCGCGCGAAUCCCGCAGCCCGUCUCCACCACCGAGGAUCACGGAACCGUCACGCACCCCGACGCCCGAA